AAGUUACUUAUUAUAAAAAUAAGGAAGCCAUUCUGAAAAAUAACUACCAGAUUUAAUUAUUAACAGAUCAUAAUUUCAGUCAGUAACUCAUCCAAAGUAAGCUAAGCCCACAUAACAUGCUUCUGCAAUUUUUUCUUUUUAGAUCAAAGAAAGCAAAGAAUUCAAUUGAUAAAUCAACGGAGACUGACAAUGGCUAUGUAUCCCUUGAAGGGAAAAAGACUGUUAAAAGCAGUGAAGAGGGAAUUCAAAGCCAUGAACCUCAGUGUGAAACUGUUCGACCAGAAGAGGCAGCCUGGCACCCAGGAACACUGAGGAACAUUCCCAGCAAAGAUACUCAAAGGACAAUAGCAAAUGUCUCUGAUGAAGUCUCCAGUGAGGAAGGUCCUGAAAUAGGAUACCCAUUACGCCGUCACGUGGACAGGACUUCUGAGAGCAUUCUUCGGAACAGAAAGUCACACCAUUAUAAGAAACAUUACCCUAAUGAGGUAUAUACUUUGUCCUUACGUAUAUGUAUACGUACCUAUUUUAUGUGUUACUAA